AUGAACACCUCCGACGAAGACAUCGCUGACAUAGCACCGGAGUCAUAUUUCAAAACCCUGAGCCUGAAGUACUUUGCAUCCGAACCACUACGGAUGGUGUAUGGCUACCGAGACUUAAUUCAUUCCUGUCUGGAGAGCAAUAACCCCGAAUCCCACUUUAUUGAAGGUACAAACCAGUAUUUUUUCCAUAAGAGCACGAGCAACGCAUUAGAACAUCUAAGACUCUCAGCUGUUGGGAAAUAUGAUAAGGGUACUUACCUUUUUGGGAUACUACUGCUGUGCAACGGAAAGCUGAAAAGGGGAAGAAAGGUUCUAGACACUCUAAAAUGGAAACAUACACUGACCACCACAAACAGAUGCUGGCGAGAGAUUAAGAAGGUACUAAGCGUUUACGGUAUUGAUCUAGAAGACACGUAUCUGACCAACAUGGCCAAGCUCAAGCCCCCCCGAACCUGCGAUCUCCAUAAGAAAACGCAUUUGUGCAAGAAAUGUUACUACUUUAUAAGGGUGCAGAUGUUUGUCGACUAUAUUGCUUAUCGAAAGUGA